GCGCUGGGAGCGGGGAACGGGGCGGCCGGGGUGCGCCGGGAACCGGGGCCGUGGGGAACGGCGGCAGCCGGUGUGCGCCCGGGAACCCAGCCAGCUGCGGCUGAGCAGCCCGUGUGCGCCGGGGAAUUGAGGCCGUGGGGAACUGAAGCGGCUGGUGUGCGCUGGGAUGUCGAGUGCGCUGGGGAAACGGGAUAACCGAGGAACUGGGACAGGCGGUGUGCUCUGGGGAGCCGGGGUAGCUGCGGGGCUGCAGCCACCGGAGUGCGCCGGGGAACUGAGGCCAUAGGGAUCUGGUGUGCACCGGCGAUCUGGCAUAACAGAGGAACUGGGACAGGCGCUGCGCGCGGGGCAGCGGGUGCGCCCCGUGAGCUGGGCCACCAGAGCCGAUGGGCGCGCCGCGCCGCUGGGAGCAACCUGCGGGAGUCGCUGCGACACCAGUGGGACCUGCGACCACCGUGGCCCGCUGUGCCGCCCGACACUCCCCGCCGCGAAGCGGUGCCCCUGGGCCGGUGCCGGUAGCGCGCUCCGCCGCCGCGGCGCGCCCAGGGGGCGGGGCCGAGGGCGGGGUGGUGGCGCGCGCGCACUUCCGCCCGCCGCCGUGACGUCACGGGCGGCCGCCGGUGUCCAGGGCGGGUGCGGCGCCGGAUGGAGCGGCCGGGGGAGCCCCGCCGGGGCCGCAGAGGCACCCGGCAGUAGGUGUGAGCUGAUCUUGCCUGGCUCCUGCAGUAGCCUGGCCCUCUGGUGUCUGAUGAUGAGUGUGACCCCGACCAGGGGAUGCCUCCUGGACCUGCCCUGGGAAGACAUCUUGGUUCCACAUAUCCUCUGUCAUCUGCCACUGCAGCAACUCCUGAGCCUGCAGAGGGUCAGCAAGUCGUUCCAGUCUCUCAUCCAGCUGUACCUGGCCAACAUGCGCUGCUUUGACUCAAGCCAGAUUGGACCUGCCAUCCCUCGGGCCGCUUUUGUUAACCUGUUGAAGGACAACGAAGUUCUGCAGCAGCUGGCACUCCAGAACUGCUCCGACUGGCUGACGGACCGGGAACUGCUCCCGGUCAUUGGGCAGAACCACCACCUGCACCAGAUCCAGCUGAAGGGCUGCGCCCAGCUCAGCCGCCACGCGCUGGUGGCCAUCUCGCUGAGCUGCCCCAACCUGCGCCAGCUCUCCCUGGCUCACUGCGAGUGGGUGGACAGCCUGUCCCUGCGCAGCCUGGCUGACCACUGCAAGGCGCUGGAGGCUGUGGACCUGACGGCCUGUCGCCAGCUGAAGGACGAGGCCAUCUGCUACCUGGUGCAGAAGUGCGGCAGGCUCAAGUCUCUGUCGCUGGCUGUCAAUGCCAACGUGGGCGACGUGGCAGUUGAGGAGACUGCCAAGUGCUGCCCAGAGCUGGAGCACUUGGACCUCACGGGGUGUUUACGAGUCAAGAAUGACUCCAUCAGGGUCCUGGCUGAGUACUGUCCCAAGUUGUGCUCGCUGAAGGUCAAGCAUUGCCACAACGUGGCUGAGUCCAGCUUGAGCAUCCUCCGAAGCCGUGGGGUGGAGCUGGAUGUGGAGCCUCCGCUGCAGAGGGCUCUCGUUCUGCUGCAGGAUGUGGUUGGCUUCGCCCCUUUCAUCAACCUUCAGAUCUAGAACUGCUGCUGCUGGGGAGGGGGGGACUGACACAAUGCUGGGAUCCCAGAAGGAUGCCGGAACUGGCUGCUGUAGAGAUGUGCAGAGGGAGAGGUCAGUCCCAUUGGUGAGGCUGGCCUGAGUGGGGCUCACUCUUUCCUCUGGGGCUGUGUAGCAGCCACUGAGUGUUCGUAAGUGGACUUCGUUGGUGCCUCUGGGGAAAGUAACUCCCUCUGCAGUGGCGUGGAAAGAGAGCAAGUGAUUUGCAGGAACACCAUGGUGCUGAACAGGUGCUUGGUCAGGCCAGCUAAUAGAUAGGACUUAUUAUUUGUUGUAUUUUAAAUCUUUAAGUGGCAGCUGUCCAGAAAGCAGGGGAAUGUUUGAUGGGGACUGUCCCCUGGGGUGGGUGUGCAAGGCAUGCCAGCAGAGCUGUGGAACAAACCAGACCAGCUGGAGCAGAAAGAAUAGCUACCAACCCUCCUCUUGGAAGAGGGCAGGCCCCUCUGAGCUCUGGAAGGAGGGCAGUGAGCCUAGCUCCAGCCCACAGCCACUGGCUAGCCUGGCACCAAAGGACUAGCAUGUCCCCAGUACAGGCUGUGUGUCUGCCCAGGCCUAGCAUGCUGGUUUAGGCUGGAACAAGGGAGUUGUUUUCAGGGGGAACAUGCUCCAAAUGGCAGUUUGACUGACAGAAAAAUGCCAAACCUAGCUGUGCUGUCACUGAAAGCAGUUGGUCAUUGUCAUUUGUUUCUUCCAGCAUCUGACUAUUUUAGUAGUGCCCAGGCCUGCUACUGUAUUUUGCUCCCUGUUGUGUGGCUGGAGCUUUGGCUCUCAACAGUGGUGAGAAAUGGCAGGAGCACUGACUCUGCUAUCAGCUGGAGUUUAUGGAGAGAGCUGCAGAUUGUGUUGGCAGGGGGGGAGCCUAGUUCUGGAGUUGAGCCUGAGUUUUAUCCGCCAGGCAAUUAAUCAAACAGCAGCUGCAUCUUGAGAACGUGAUGAAGAGAGUAAUUGGAGGAAGAGAGGAUGACCCUGCUCCUACCUUUGGAGGCAGUGUUUUAAAGCAUGUGCACACUCUGGCUGAACUACACACCAACUCACAUCAUUUUUAUUAAUACCGGCACUCAAAGCAACAGUGCACAAAGACUUGUUAAAAAGGUUGCUGCAAAAGCACAUGCCACAUCUCAGAUCUAAAAAUGUCCCAUGCAAGGAAUAGCAGAGAAUGCCCAGGUCCUGGAGAGCCACUGCAGUGUGCCUCUAGGGGCAGAGGGAUAGCUACACAAGGAGAGAAGUCUCCUCAGCCAGGUUAGUUGAGGAAGCUGAAAGCAGUGUCCUGGUUUCCAGGUUAGUUCAAGUUAGUGGCAGGUGGAGUCACCUCAUUCCUAGCACCACACAUCCAUCCUGCCAUGCCUGGCAGUGAGGUGGAAGGCUGAAGAGCAGAAGGACCUGGCUGUCAGUGGAACUUAUACUUCCUGGCUGGUUUUAGGCUGAUGUAGGUUCUCUUCAUCUCCUCACUUUCAGGCUUCUUGAUGUCUUUGUACCUCUCUCCUUUUGUGCUCACCACCUGGUUAUCAAUAUAGCGGAUCAACUUCUUGGGAGCCUGGAGAGAAAAGAUACGAACACCAAGUGGAUGGACAGCCACACUGCUAGAGAAAUGGAGGGGUUAAGCAAAAGCAGAGCUGCAUUAUGGGAGGUGGGUGGGUGGGCUGCUUUACCAUUGUCUGUGUUGGCAGUCUUAGCCAAAACUGGGAAGGAUGCCAUCUGAUGGGAGUGAGCAAGAGCCAUGGUAGUCAGGAAAGGUAAGAACUGACAUUUCCUGCAGCACCUUAGCUGAGCUAAUCUUCCCUCUUUGACUGACAGGUUCUGUGAAUGGACCUGCCUUUGGCCUGCCCUGUUGUUUAUUUGGACUUGCAGCCUGGCUUUAUUUUAAACCUUGGGACAUUCAAACUGCUGGUGAGCUGGGCCUGCUUACCUCUUUGGGUGGAGCUGGCCGAUGUGUUUUCUGAUCAUCUGCGCUAUCCACCAUCAUGUAUCUGAAACACAAGAAGCAUUCAGUGAACACUGUAACAACCGUUACCGAGGGCUACUCACAGCCUAUGUUCCUUCUCCCCUGGCUGGUUUCUGUCCUACUUGCCUAGAUUGCAGCUAGGAAAACCUGAUGCUGCCUUCUGGGUGAAAUGGGCAAGAAGUAUGUCACCCUUCUGGUGAGAAUCUAGUGGGAUUCUCCAAGAGUAGCAUCCCUAGCUGCAUGUGAAGGGUAUUGAAAACUCAGGUGGUUGAGAAUGCUGAUAGCCACUGCAGAACUGAGAGAGGUACUGAGGUCUGGUGUGUUCUGCCAUCAGGGCAGCUUUGUUCCUUCUCAGUCCAAGUGAUGGCAGCCAAAUGAGACAUAGGUGAGAUUACAGGACCAAUCUGUCUGCUUUUGCCCUGAAUGAUGGUGUUCCUUUCACACUCCUCCUACUACUUGACUGUGAAACAGGUCUAUGCUGGAAGCAGCUUGAUAAAAGCAUCACCUCAUUUCCUAUGUAACUGAAACAUCAGGGUCCAAGCCUUUGCUUGCUGUACUGCUGAGUUGCUACUCUGAGAUUUUGGUGCUGGUUUAGCACAGGUGACCAUGACUUCUCCCUCAGUAGUUAGUAUAGUUACUCUUGUAUAUCUUCAGCUAUGGCGAUCUGCUUUCUGUACCUGUGCUUGAGUGAUGUUUAAAGUACAGGAUGUUGCCAAAAUGUCAUUAAAGUGAAGUUCUCAGAAACAUAACAA